UCAACGGAGCUUCUGACCGGAUCAGAAGCUUCGAGAAUUUUAUGAUUCGACUACUCUUUACACGCUAUUAGAAGGAACCUCUCGGUUUCAGAUCCAAUUCAACAGCUUUCGACUUUAGGGUUUUCUGAUCUGAUCACUUGUUUUGGGGUUCGUGUCUGAGCAGCACAUGGCGUCGAAGAGGAUUUUGAAAGAGCUUAAGGAUUUGCAGAAGGAUCCUCCUUCUAACUGCAGCGCAGGGCCUGUGGCUGAGGAUAUGUUCCAUUGGCAAGCAACUAUCAUGGGACCUCCUGACAGUCCCUAUGCUGGAGGAGUUUUUUUGGUUUCCAUUCACUUCCCUCCUGAUUAUCCCUUCAAGCCACCAAAGGUGUCUUUCAAGACUAGGGUGUACCACCCAAACAUCAACAGCAACGGAAGCAUUUGCCUUGAUAUCCUGAAAGAGCAAUGGAGUCCUGCUCUCACCAUAUCCAAGGUUCUGCUGUCGAUUUGCUCGUUGCUGACUGACCCGAACCCAGAUGAUCCACUUGUGCCAGAGAUUGCUCACAUGUACAAGACUGAUAAGUCCAAGUACGAGUCAACCGCACGAAGCUGGACACAGAAGUACGCCAUGGGAUGAAUAAUAAAAGACUCAGGAAGUGGUGGGGUCGAAGACAGAGCAAAAUCAUAACGUUAUCUCAGCAUCUAGAAAUAUAAAAUGCAUGUGUGUUGGCUUUUACUAAACGCUAUUAUGUGUCCAUAAUCCAGCAAACUUAUAUGCUCUUACUCUCCUCUAAUAAUCAGCUAUUUUUACUUUGGUUUAAGUUUA